AUGUUUGAAGGAGGCCGCGUACCCUUUGUACUGCGGCCUAACGAAGACGGUCUGUAUUCCUUGGUAGGGGAAUGUUACGUGCAUGGACUUAUGCAUGGCGAGUGGAAGCGGCCGAACAGGAAGGUAAAGUUCCAGACGACGUCUUUUGCUCUCAAAUAG